UCUGUUCCGGUGUAGCUAACGCGGCUAACGAGCAACUGUAGCGCUGGUAGCAACUUGAGAGGAGCCCACUGUAUGAUUUGGCUGCUGAAUUGUACUCAGAAAAUACUUUUAUGAGUGUUUUUCUCGGCUUCCGGGCGGCAGCUGCUGUUGAAGCGGAGCCUUGGACCGCAAAGCCGGGGUGUCCAAAUCUUUCGAGUGACUUCUAGUGUUGGUUUCCACCCUGUGACUUACUCAUUGACAGAGGGGCCCCUCAGAGCAAGGGCCCGAAGCUGUAGCUCCAAGUUUGCCCUCCCCCCUGUGCGCCCCCACCUCACCGGUAAGAGAGAGCUCACACCAAAACCUCCUCUAGGCUCUCGGCGGGUCGAGAUGUCGUCCAUCUUGCCGUUCACCCCUCCCGUGGUGAAGAGGCUCCUGACGCUGAAGAAGACGUCGACCGGGUCGGGUUUAGCGGGAGGCGGCGAGCAGAACGGGCAAGAGGAGAAGUGGUGCGAGAAAGCGGUGAAAAGCCUGGUGAAGAAGCUGAAGAAGACGGGUCAGCUGGAUGAACUGGAGAAGGCCAUCACCUCCCAGAACUGCAACACAAAGUGUGUCACCAUCCCGAGCAAUUGCUCUGAAAUAUGGGGACUGAGUACGCCAAAUACGAUAGAACAGUGGGACACGUCAGGCCUGUACAGCUACCCCGACCAAACCAGAUCCCUAGAUGGCCGCCAGCAAGUCUCGCACAGGAAGGGCCUUCCUCACGUCAUCUACUGCCGCCUGUGGCGGUGGCCGGACCUUCACAGCCACCACCAGCUGCGUGCCAUCGAGGCCUGCGAGUACGCCUUCCACCUCAAGAAGGACGAGGUGUGCAUCAACCCCUACCACUACCAGAGGGUGGAGACCCCAGUGCUGCCUCCCGUUCUUGUGCCAAGACACUCAGAAAUCCUGUCCGAGCUGCCACCUCUGGACGACUACACUCAUUCCAUACCCGAAAACACAAACUUCCCUGCAGGAAUCGAACCUCCAAACAACUACAUACCAGAGACGCCUCCACCGGGUUACAUCAGUGAGGAUGGAGAGGCCAGCGACCAGCAGAUGAAUCAAAGUAUGGACACAGGUUCUCCACAAGAACUCUCUCCCAGCACUCUGUCUCCAGUCAACCACAGCAUGGACCUGCAGCCGGUGACCUACUCGGAACCGGCCUUCUGGUGCUCCAUAGCGUACUACGAGCUCAACCAGCGCGUGGGCGAGACGUUCCACGCCUCUCAGCCUUCGCUGACGGUGGACGGAUUCACGGACCCGUCCAACUCGGAGCGCUUCUGCCUCGGCCUGCUGUCUAACGUCAACAGGAACGCCACUGUGGAGAUGACUCGGCGGCACAUAGGAAGAGGAGUUAGACUUUACUACAUUGGAGGAGAGGUAUUUGCAGAGUGCUUGAGUGAUAGUGCCAUCUUUGUCCAGAGUCCAAAUUGCAACCAGCGGUACGGCUGGCAUCCGGCGACAGUGUGUAAAAUUCCUCCAGGUUGUAAUCUAAAAAUCUUCAACAACCAGGAGUUUGCAGCCCUGCUGGCUCAGUCGGUCAACCAGGGCUUUGAAGCCGUCUAUCAGCUCACCAGGAUGUGCACCAUCAGGAUGAGCUUCGUCAAAGGCUGGGGAGCAGAGUACAGGCGACAAACCGUCACAAGCACUCCAUGCUGGAUCGAGCUGCACCUGAACGGCCCGCUGCAGUGGCUGGACAAAGUUCUCACCCAGAUGGGCACCCCGAACGCACGCUGCUCCAGUAUGUCCUAAACCGCGAAGGAAACGCCCGAAAUAACCCUGAUACAAAGAUGGCUACACUCCAAACCGGGGGGGGGGGGGAGACAGGAAAAAAAAAGUCAUAACAAAAUUUGUUUUUGUAACAUUCUCCGUAGUAUUUGUGGUUCGGCUCCACAUCCCUGUUUUAACUUCACACACACACACAGACAGAAGAAGAAGAACAACAACACAUAGUUCAAUUCACAUAUACUCACAUACAGACAUUGUUUUUUUUAUGGAAAACUUUAAAAAAAUAAUAAAAAAAAGAGAUUGGCACUUUGUUACCCAUCUAUGUCAUGCACCUUGUUGAAUUGCUUUGCCCCAAAUCCUUAAUAUUAGAUCUAUUUGUGGUACAAAUAAAAAAAAAUGUAUAUUGGUUGUUGUCUGGGAAGUAGAGGAAAUACCAAAAAUAUCUGUGAAUAGGUUCUCAGUGUUGAAGAUUGCUUGAAUGCUGAAGUGAUAUAUAUAUUUUUCGUUGUUCCAUCCCACCACAUCCAUUGUUCUGAACCUAAGUUUACUUUUCUCUGGGAGACUUCUCUGUUGUCAACGGGAGGCGUCUUAUUGAAGAAACGAUGGCCUUGGUGGCUGUUUUUCUCCUGAAGGAAAUACCACAAUGUGUUUAUGAAAUUUGAUUCAAUUGCCUCUGCCACAAUGGCGCCCAAUUUAUUUCUUUUUUUCUUUCUUUUUUUAAACUAACAGUGUGUCGUUCUAAGACAUGUCUUCAAGAUAGUCAUAUAGGAAUGUUAGUAAAAUAAAUAUUUCCACAGCUCUAAAGAAACUGCACUAUCAGACUGGCUGUAGUUUUUAUUGUAGUUGGUAUUGUUUUAUUUAAAUUUUUUAUUUUUUUUUGUCGACAUUUGGCAUCCUUCGUUCUUUUUAGCUGAUUUGCAUCCGGUCCGAUUCGCCUGAUUUUCUAGAUUCCAGCCAGGUUUUGCAGGGCACGCUGGGCAGGGACCAGAACAUAUAUCAAAAACAGAAUUUCUUUUUGGACAUUUUUGUGUUUUUUUUUUUUUUUUUUUUUUCUCUUCAACACUGGGACUGCUUGAGCUCUGGAAAACGCCUCGUCAGGAGAUCUUUGAAGGCAUCAGUAAAUUUUGCUUCUUUUUUUUGUAUUUGUGUGUGUGUGUAUAUGUGCACACACAUAAAUAAAAAUAAAAAUUGUAUUUUCCGUCAUUCAUUUUUUAUUUUCAACACCUCAGUGAUUUCUUAAACAAGAGAGAGAGUCGAUCAUUCCUACAUUUUACCCCCAAAUUGUAGGUGGCAUAUUUUUUGUCUCAGUGGUGGGGAAAUAGAGAAAGUAAUCACUGCCCUUACAUAUGUAGCUUAUAUCUAGCCUUUGUAUUUGUUUUCCAAAGAAAUUUGCUGCGUUUAAAGCUAAACCCCCCACACCCAGAUUUGACUGAAAGUUUGAAUCCAGUUUCUUAAAAUUAUAGUUUUUGUAGAUGUUUAAAAAAAUUUGUUUUGCCCAUUUUUUAAAUUUUUAUAUUUUGUGCGUGUGUAUAAUUAUUGUCCAAGCACAUUUGACCUUUUUUUUUAUGUGCUUUGUCGAGCAAGUUAACUACACUCAAUUGGCUUUUAAAAUGUUACAGCUAAACUGGAUGGGAGUGAAUGUGCCUGCACACUGGGACAUUACGUGUUGAUGUGCGUAUUGUGUUUGUUCAGUCUUUAAAGGACAGCUUGUACAACGAGACUUACUACCUUAAACUCAUUACUUGGUUGUUGCAAGUUUAAAUAUGUCCCCAGUCCCACCCGUUGAUGUACAUGUGUUUACCAUAUGACACUAGAGAUUGUACUUGAAGUGCAACUAGUGAAUUAUGAUUUUUUUUUUUUGGGGGGGGGGGGAGUUGAGGGGAGGAACUGAACCAUGUGUUUGGGUCCAGUGUGACAUUGUUCUUAUCUUUGGCCUACAACAUAUGAAUGUGAAAAAAAAAAAACAAGAAAAAUACAAUACAAAAACUGACGUGGACCAGAUGUGCGUAUGCAUAAAAGUAGUACAUUAUGUGUGUAUAACAGUAAUCUUUUUUUUGCAAACCAGUCAGUACUGUAGACGUCGCAGUUGUUUUACCAAAAGAGGGCGGUAUUGAUAGAGCAGGUUUUUUUUCUUCUGUUUUUUUCUUUUUGUUUCUUGACCAUGAGCUUCUCAGGCGUGUGGCAUAUUAUGCAGACUUCAUAAAACACUAAUAAAGAUUUUUAUUCUCAUGAA